AUGAACAAAAGCCUUGAUGAAGCUGAAGAGAUAAUAGAAAAUGUGGCACUAAACCGCCAUCAGUGGGCAUCUGAAAGAUUUAGCGGUGCUUUCUCAGGAAAUCAGAUGAAGGCGUCAGGAAAAUUCGAGGUGGAUGCAUUCACACUCAUGUCUACGAAGUUGAACGCCCUAACUAAGAAAUUCGAAGCUAUGGGUAGCAACACAGCUAAUGCAAUAGUCUGUGCUUGCGACAUCUGCGGAAGUGCGGACCACGCUCAGGAUACUUGCCCCCUUGGGCCAAUGCAGGCACAGAUAAACCAGCUUGAGCAAUGCGAUGCAAUAACGGGCUACAAUCAGAGGAACCACCCCAACUUUUCAUACCGAAAUAAUCAGGACCAAGGGCCGACACAUCAGACCUACCAACAUGGACAACAGGCUCAUCAACAGCAGCAAUCUACACAGCUGUCUAGGAUUGAAAAGAUGCUUGAGGAAGCUCUCUCGGAGCAUAAGGAGAUGAGGAGCGAGAUCAAGCAACUGACUCAGAGGCUGGAGAACUCGGAAAAACACCAGAAGAUGCAAGACAGCCAGAUAGCCCAGAUAGCUCAGUCCGUCUCAAGAGCACAAGGUACAUUCCCAGGGAAACCGGAUUUAAAUCGGGUGGAACAUUGCAAUCACAUUGAGCUGCGGAGCAGACGUACUGUGGGAAACCCUCAAAUCAUCACUCAGAUGGAGGUUGACUCAGAAAAAGAACCCACUCUCCUAAUGCCAAAUCAGACUCAAAACAGGGAUGGAGAAGAGGGUACUAAAAAGAUUGGAGAAGCUUGUCAGACCACCCCACAGAAUCAGAUGAUCUCGUUUCCUCAGAAGCUUAUAGCAUCCCAAAAGGAUGAAGAGUUUCACCGGUUUCUGAAAAAGGUUAAAGAGAUUUGCAUUGAGGUACCAUUGUUAGAUGCGCUGCACCAGAUGCCUAAGUUCGCAAAAUUUUUAAAGGGAAUCUUAUCCAAUAGAAGGCAAAAAUGCGACUUCGAGACCAUAGCAUUGAUAGAGGGUUGCAGUACUCUUUUUUGGCGAAUUCUCCACCAAAACUUCAGGAUCCAGGAAGUUUCUCCAUACCGUGCAAAAUUAGCUCUGAACUCAUACCGAGAGCCUUCUGCGAUUUGGGUGGAAGAUGUGCCAGUAGAAGUGGGGGGUUGUGUCAUCCCCACGGACUUCAUCAUCAUGGAUAUGAAGGAGGACCUCAAAAUCCCGAUCAUUCUUGGAAGACCAUUCCUUGCCACGGCAGGAGCCCUCAUUGAUGUGAAGAAUCACAAGCUAUCAUUGGAGAUUGGUAAAGAAAGAAUUGAAUUUGAUUUGUCCAACCCUUCUAACUACGUCUCCUCUUCCCAGGGAAAUCCUAGCGAGAUAGACGCACGCGGGGUUGAGGAGCGCACCUUUCGAGAAUUCCCCUCCCGCGGACGACAAGAAAUAUAUAUGUCCUGCGCAAUCAAAGCUAAAGGCGCAAACUGGAACACUAACCAUAGGAGGAGAGCCAUGCUUCCAUGGGUUUAG